GCUUGGUUUGUUGACAGGAAGUGUGACUGUGCGUUUGAAAAGCUCGAAGCGUAAAGUAAAACCAGGUUACGGUUCCUCAGUUAGCGCUUCGAUACGUCGGAAUAAUCAACAACGUCGACGUGAAUUAUGAUGUUGACAGCAACUGUCAAGCAAAGAUGCAAUGGAGGUCAAUAGUAGUGGGUCUUCUUGUGCUACGUGUGGCCCUGAACUGCAUCCUGUGGCUCGCUUUCGGACUCGGACCCAGCUGGGGCUUCAACUUCCCGCUUCAGUUCAGCUUCAACCUGCACAAACACACAGAACCUCAGACAGACGGAGACCAGAGGACCAACAGCUGGUCACAGCGUGUGUACGACAACAACAAGGACCAUCCAGUAGGAACCUGCUCAAAGAUCAACCACAACACGCCAAAGAAAUCUUACCUCAGCGUCUUUAAAGCCAGUAUAGACGACUAUGAUAGAAAGUACGGCUCUUUUCCUGACGCCCUCAGGAUUAAAAUGAAGGGAAUGGCCAGGGACAUGUUCUACUUCGGCUAUGACAACUACAUGAAAUACGCUUUUCCUGAAGAUGAGCUAAACCCCAUCGACUGUGAGGGCAGAGGACCUGAUGUACUAAACCCGUCAAACAUCAACAUCAAUGACGUGCUCGGCAACUACUCCCUGACACUAAUUGACACUCUUGAUACUCUGUUGGUGCUGGGGAAUGUGUCAGAGUUUCAUCGUGCUGUCAAGCUGGUUAUAGACACUGUCAGUUUUGACAAGGAUUCCACAGUACAAGUGUUUGAGGCCAACAUCAGAAUCCUGGGCAGCCUAAUCUCUGCUCACAUUCUCCUGACCGAUUCCCGGCACCCGUUCGGAGACGCGGGGCUCGAAGAUUACGAUAAUGAGCUCCUGCAUCUGGCCCAUGACCUGGCGGUGCGGCUGCUACCCGCGUUUGAGAACACCAGCACCGGCAUCCCCUACCCCAGGGUGAAUCUGAAAAGUGGCGUGCCUCCUGACAGCAUAAACGAGACGUGCACAGCAGGAGCGGGCUCUCUUCUGGUCGAGUUUGGCAUCUUAAGCCGACUGCUUGGAGACUCAACGUUUGAGUGGGUGGCAAGGAGGGCUGUCAGAGCUCUAUGGAACCUGAGGAGCAACCAAACGGGGCUGCUGGGGAAUGUAGUAAACAUCCAGACGGGUCAGUGGGUUGGGAAACAAAGUGGCCUGGGUGCAGGCAUGGACUCUUUCUAUGAAUACCUGCUGAAGUCUUACAUCCUCUUUGGAGAAAAAGAAGACUACAAGAUGUUCAUGGCUGCUUAUGACAGCAUUCAGAGCCACCUGAGGAGAGGGAGAGAAGCUUGUAAUGAAGGAGAAGGCGACCCUCCACUUUACGUAAACGUGAACAUGUUUAACGGACAGAUCAUGAACACAUGGAUCGACUCUCUUCAGGCAUUUUUUCCCGGUCUGCAGGUUUUAAAUGGAGAUGUGGAAAACGCCAUUUGUCUCCAUGCCUUCUACUAUGCAAUCUGGAGGCGUUUCGGGGCAUUACCAGAAAGAUACAACUGGCAGCUGCAGGCUCCAGAUGUGCUCUUUUACCCUUUAAGACCUGAGCUAGUUGAAUCUACAUACUUGUUAUAUCAGGCCACCAAGAAUCCUUUCUAUUUACAUGUCGGCAUGGACAUACUUGAGAGCCUUGAAAAGAAUACCAAAGUCAAAUGUGGCUAUGCCACACUCCAUCAUGUUGUAGACAAGUCCAAGGAGGAUCGUAUGGAGAGUUUCUUUCUCAGUGAGACCUGCAAAUACUUGUACCUGCUCUUUGAUGAAGACAACCCUCUGCACAAGUCUGGGAGCAAAUACAUUUUCACAACGGAAGGCCACGUAGUGCCCAUAGACCCACGUUUUAGACAGAAAAAGUGGGAAGAACAUGUCUCCAAGUUCACCAAGGAACCUCCAGCCAACAUCAGCAAUUGCGAGCGGAUCCCUGAGGAGCGCCGCUUCGGUCUUCCUCUGAAGAGCGUGUACAUGAGACAGAUUGACCACAUGGUUGGACUUUCAUGACCCCAUCAGUUGAAGUUUAGUACAAAAUCUCAACUCUCUGGAGAGGUUUAGUAGUGUGGCUCUCCAAACUGAGAAAUUGUUAUUAUUAUUUUGUGUUAUUGUUUUUUUGCACAAGAACCUCACAGGAUGCAUUUAACAUCUCAAUGGUCUAGCACCUUUGUUCUGAUUUGUUAGUCUGGAUCAACACUGAUGUUGCUGCAUUCAGUGCAAAGAAUCUUUUACAAGGAAACACUUCAGGGGACGUGACACAAAUCGUACAGUUCCUCAAUGAUUUUAACAUAGUUAAUAGUGAAUUGUGGUUAAGCUUGACCAGUUGGUAUGGUACAAAUUGCGCUGCAUUCCACUCUUUAAUAUACUUUUGUCAACUUCACUCUUACCAGUUCCCAAUCGGUCACUGUUUUAAAGGUCAUUCCAGUAGUUUGUCUCAAGUGAAAUUUGAUAACGAAUGUCUUGGCAGUCUGAGGGAUCAUCAUUCAACAUCAGAGUAGGGGAAUGUAGCCUAGUGGUUAAGGUGUUGGACUACCAAUCAGAAGGUUGUGAGUUGGUAUCUUAGGUCUACAAAGCUAGCAACAAGGUUCUUAACCCUUAAUUGCUCAGUUGUUUACAUUUACAGCAUUUAGCAGACACUCUUAUCCAGAGUGACUUACAUUUAUUUCAGUUUAUACACCUGAGCAAUUGAGGGUUAAGGGCCUUGCACAGGGGCCCUGCAGUGGCAACUUGGUGGACCUGGGAUUGGAACCGAUCAGUAGUCGAACACCUUAACCACUGAGCUACCACAUCCCACUGUCAUUGUUUAAAAUGAUAAAAAUAUAAGUCGCGCUGGAUAAGAGCGUCUGCUAAAAGGCCAUAAAAGUAAUUGUAGUAGAUUUCAUCUCACCCGUUUUUCUUUUCAAGCAUAAACACGGCCCAUCAAACUAGUUCCAAAGGUAUUAGAAUUUUUACAUCGAUCUGUAAGAAGCUUAUCGUGCGAUGCAGGUUACGCACGUCCGACUCAUGAGGGGAGGCCUCUGAGAACGUGCUUAAGAACCUUAUUCGUAGACACCGUAGCUCUGUACGAUUGUUUUCACCAUUUGAUUUUAUGUCUUUCUUCAGGGUCUGACUGGUGCUCUAAGAGUAGCAGUGUUCUUACUCCAUGAUUUAUAACCAGUAUUUCAGUGCCAAAUUUUAUCACAUGCAACGGACCCUUGACAGUUUUGUGGUAUUUUGUUGAGCUUCCUUGUGAGUAGCUGGUCUUAGCUUGAGCUUCCGGUUCAGCUGUUCUGACAAACUUGCACCGUGUGCCUUCCAGAAACAUGCAGCAAAUAAAACUGUUUACAGGAUCUUUGUUCACUUAGCAAUACCUUGUUAUUCUGUGCUUUUGCUGAUGAAUCUUAGCUUGCAUUCUGUUGCAGUGCCACAUCAUAGACAUCAUGAUUUUUUUUCUCCCAACUGUAGUCAACUAAGCAUCUUUUAACUUUAUCCCCACAUUAGAUUUCCUUUGCACUGCUGCUGGUAAUUUAGUGACAUUAUUUUGUUGUAUCAUUUUUAUUAUCCUUUUUUUCUUUCAUUCUUUUUAAUCCAAAGUCUCAUAUUUAUGAUGACGGAAUAGCCACAUCAUGGCGCAAGCGUGUGCCUUAUACAGCUCUGAAUCUCUGCAUAGUCCUCAGGAUCAACUGUGUUUUGUUUUUUUUGUUUUUUUUUUCCAUGAUGUAUUCAUACAGUAAUAUUUGGUAUGAAAGACUGACACGAAUGCUGUGUGUAAGACGACUAACAUAGAACUCAUGAGAUAACUAGCAAGGUAUUUGUAAAGAUUUCAAUGUUUGUACUGAAGUGUGAUUUCAGAGCAAAAGCCAUAAAACAGGAUUUUGGGUUUUCUUCGGGGCGCUCGAUAAAAAUAUGCUCAGAGAACAUCUUUUCUAAUGUUCUCUGUUGUUGAUGGACUUUUAUCUUUAUUGAUUUUACUUAAUGGUUGAUUUCAUUGUCAUGAUUCCAUGACCAUCACUGAAUGAUGUGAUGGAUUAUAUAUGUGAAAAUUAAUGUGUGAUAUUUCCAAUGGAGUUGAUUAAAUGUGCAAUGAGACAUUUUAAGGACUUUAAGAGUUCCUGAAACUGAAAUGACACUGAGUUUUAUUCAUUUCUGAAAUGUUAUUAAUUUGAGAAACUAUUGAACAAUGAUUACGUUGUGUAUUACAUACAGUCUGACAGACUGAAACAAUUAUACAUAUUUCGUUUUUCUUUUUCUGGUAUUGCAAAUUAAUCAGAUCACCUUUUGAUGAAUCAUCUCUAUCCUGAUGGGAGUGACCUCAUCCACAAUGAUAAUGUCCUCAUCUACAUGGCACGAGGGCUUUCUGAACGGUGUAAUGAGUAUGAAAAUGAAGUAACUUGCACGCUAGGGUGUAUACAGUCACCAGACCUUAAGCCAGUGGAAGCACAUCCCCUGAACACUGCUGAAAGGAAGAUUUUGGAAUGAAAUGUUAGUGAAGAUGGAAUAUCAUUGUGUUCAUCCAUCGAGUACAGAUCCAGUGAAUUGCAGGAUCUACUCUGACCGAGGCCCAACCGUCAUUUUAUGUCGGGUUUUGCCUUUAAUAUGUCACCUGUCUGUUGUUUAAAGAACCAGGAUUAAAGAAUUCAGUUUUGCUGGAAUUGAAUGACAACUUUUAAAAACUUCAAUUAAAGGUUUAAAAAUGUGAUUUGGUUUAAUUGUAAUUAACAAUUGCUUUUCUUGAACCAAACGUUUUUUGUUUUCUCAUGUUAUUCAUGAGACUCAGGGAAAUGUUGUGUUGGUCUGCUUAUAACACAAUUGUAUCAAAAUAAACAUAUCAUUUCAGUACAUA